CAAACGCACCCAUAACACGUUUAGCGGGCGAAAGAAGAACAGUUACUCUUCGACGUGGAUUUAAAGUUGUUCUGUCCACUUUUUCUCUCACAAAUAUCAGAAAUUAGCAUUGAAAACGCUAUAAUAAGAGCGUGUAUGCAAUAGAAGGUACUCGGGAAGCCUUCACUCGCGACGAUUUACACAGUCGAAACCUAUAACGAAACAUCAUGGCGCCCAACAGGUCUGAGGCAAUGACGUUAUCAACCAACGCUCCGCCAGCUUCAGAUAUAGGUACAUUUGAAAGAAUGCCGCUCAAAUUGGGAAAAAAGUCAGUAUACGCACGAUGCAGCUCAGUAAGCUUAGCUGCCGAAGAAGAAAGCGUCCAUCAAGUGCAGGAUAUCGGGAAGGAAUACUAUCGUUCGAUAGCGUUGAAUUUUAAGACCACCUCCUCAGUGACGAUUCUCGAAAGAUGUGCAAAUCCAGGCAGUCCACAUUGGGAAACCUGGCCCGGCGUUUGCGCUGGCCUAGACGAUGAUCGAAGGCAAAGGAAAGUGAAACAGCGCGUUGCAAUCGAACCUGAGAAAAAGAAUUCCAAAGAAGCCGUCGAGAAUGACGACAAUAGCCAUUCCUUUUCACUUCGUUGGCAGCAGAAAGAGGAAAUUACUUUCUUUUCAACCGACACCGAAAACAGAUGCGAAAAGAAAACGACGAAAGGGUUCGAAGUAGACGAUUUUAAGACAGGUGAGUAAGUUAAUCGGGAAGUGAGAUAACACAGAAAAGGUGUUUUUCGAUAUGAUGUUUAAAGAACGACUUGUUUACUAAAGAAAUUCGUGGGUGUGACGUAGCUUGAAAUCCUCUGCUUUUUGUUAAAAUCGCUACAAAACAUCUAUCAGAGUUUGAGAACGUCUUUUCCUUUAGUUAAAUUGGUGAAUGUUGCGAAAGACCACGUUUUUUGUGGAAUUGUUUGCGUUUUUCGUGGUUGCGUGUUAAGAAUUUCUUUCUCGGUCAUGUGACUUUACCAUUUGGUCCUGAAUUGUACAUGUACAAGGGUGGAUGUUUUGUGGAAACUGUUAAUCAUCGGUUACAUCCAAAUGAAAAACUUUUAAGGGAAAUAAAGAUAUAUCAUAGAAAAUAUAUACAGAGUUAGUAGUAUACAUAAUGUAGUCGAGGCCCUUCACGCAGCAAGACUAUAGAUUAUGAAUAAUUGCUUUCGCUUUUUCCAGUCAUAUGACUCGAAACAGGAAGUUUAUGAUAAUAACGUCUGGUUUCGGUGUCCGCGCAUCAAUUAUUUGCUAGAAUUGCCGUUCAAAGAGCUGUCUUUGUCCCCAUCGUGUGCAUCAAUAAUUUAUUGUAUUACAUUUUGAUCCCUUGUGAAGUUUCUGAGUGUUUUUUAAUUUUUUAAGAAUUUGUUUAUUAGAUAAAACACGGUUAAAUAUUUAAUCUAUUUGGUCUAUUUUGUGCCUUCGCCUUUGGUUAUCUUUGGUUCUAAUGAUGCAAGUGCAGAGAGAUUAGUUACAUUAGAUAAGUUAUUGCAGGGGAAAAAGAGGGCAGUUAUGUAAGAAUGAAUAGUUUUCAGUUUUCCUAACUUUUUAUCCAUUGUUCAAUGGAAGGUCACUGUAAUUUAUCAAGUCCUUGUGCUAGGGUUUUUUUUUAAACAAUGUAAAUAUUUUUAUUUCACAGAUGUAAAGGCCAAAGAGGAAUUUGAUUUAAAAAUUUUGACGAUCCCAUAUUCUGUACAAGAGAGUUCCAUCAGUCCAGAUGAUUUGUUCUCAUUAGAACCUCCUUCAGCUUCAUCUGAAGUUAUAGAGGUUCAAGAUGACAUAUCAACAAAAGAAGAAACAACAAAUGAUGAAACAGCUGAAGUAAAAGUUGAAGAAGCAGGGCAGCUUGCUAAAACUGAAUCAAAGCACAAAAGCAUUCCAAGAAGGUUUGUAUCUUGGUUUUCCCUAGGGAUUUCAUCAGCAAGAGUGUAAAUUGGUGUGAAACAGAUAGUGAAAUGGUGUACAGUACUUGAUUUUUACUCAUUUUAUACCCCCAAAUCAAAUCCUUUAAGUAAUGAGAAUGGUUUUGAAAUUUGUGCUGACAUUUCUUGUGGGUACAGUUUUAAUCCUUUGUAAAUAUUUUUUUAACUUGUAGGCAUGCUGCUAAAAGAAAAAAGCGAAAUGUUUGGUCCAUCAUUGUGCCUGACCUCCCUGUAGUGCAGCACAAGCAGGCAAAGAAAACAUCUAAAACAGUCAAAGAAAGAAAACCAAGAAGCGUCAAGAGGUGUGCUCCAAAACAGUCAUGUCUUUCCUUUGAAGAGAUCAUUGAAUCUAUCAACAACAUAAAACCAGCACCAUCCAAGAGGAGGAAACCCAACUCCAACUUGGGGGAACCAAAAGAUUCUGGUGUUGAUAGUGAAGGAAGCAGUAGUGGUAGCAGUGAUGGAUGCAGCAGCAACUCUGGAAGUGGUGGUGGUAGUUCAUCUGGGGGGAGCAGUGGUGGUGGUGGCUUUGGGGGAAAGGGAAAUGCUGAUGGAGAUGAAGGUGAUAAAAAGAAGUAUCCACAGUGGUAUUUCCCUGGCAAACAACAGAUUGACACUCCGGGCAGAAAUAAAAAGAAAAGAUCUUCAGAUGAAGAGAAAGAUGAUGAAAGUGUGGAAAAAAUGGAGGAAGAUUUUCCCACUACUAAGCAGUCAGGCCUCCAGAUGUUCUUGCCAUCCAAAGUUGAUAAUGCAGAACAAUGUCACUGCCCUGGAGAGGAAGGAACUCACAUGACCCCAACUGGAAAGGUAGUUUGCCCAUUAAUGUGUAUUAGUACCUACUGAAGUCAAUUGUUUCAGCCUAAGCUAAUAGCCAGUCAAUGAUAAUAUUUUUGCCUUAAGGAAACUGGUUUAAGUUGCUAUUUGUUGCAUUUUACAGCAUGAUUGUAACUCUACCACAGACUUAUCCAAUUUAAUUCAGUUUCAAACUUAAUUGUACUCUUUAUUAGAGACAUAAAGAGGUUGUAAUAGUUUAAGGAAAUUGCAGAAACUAAUGAGUUUUUAUACAAUGUGAAAUGGCCAUCCCUCUGUUCAUCCUUAUUGGUUAAGUAUAAGAUGAUUCCAUUAGAAACACAGGUGUCAAUGAACGAUCAACUUAGUGUUACUUUGAUUUCUGUUUGUGAGUGUCUGUGUGCUAAAAUUCCAUUGAUUCAUAUUUUAUUUGCAGAGUGACAUCAUCUUUUUCCCUCAAGAUGUUCAGCAUGCAAGUUACUGUUCGAGUCUUGUUUGUCAUAACCAAAAAUGCAAGAACGUAAGUUGUUACAAGCAUAUUUAAAUAUAUCAGGUAUGGCUAUUUUGCAGCGAGGGUAAUAAAAAAAUAGACAAAAUAGUAAUUUUGUUUCUGGUUCAUCAAAGUUCUUACAGUGCAAUACAAUGCAUACAGUACCUACUUGUGUAUAAGUUAACCUUUUAUGACCAAAAAAAAAUCGGCCCAAAAAUUCAGCCUCCACUUGUACACAAGUCAUACUCAAAGACCUGACCCAAGCAAUCCAAGAAAUUAGAGGACAAUUGUCUGAAGUCCAUCAGGAAAACUGAGUUUACAAAAUCAGUUCAAGUUGUGUCUGAGUUUUGUCAGCUUAGUGACCUGGUAAAUGGUGUUGUCUUGUGAGGUCUUGUUUGUCACACUCUAUCUUUUGAAGUUCUUCAGUGUUCCUUUGUUCUACUAAAUCUCCUUUCUUGCUCAACAUUAAGAUAAAGGUUAGCUGAAUGCAAGAAGAUUUCAAAUUCAAUGUGGUUUACAAAAUAUUGUAAGAUACCUCUCUAGUAAAUCAAAGUGUUGGUGUAUUCUUAAAUUGUGGUGAUGUGAACAAGUGCUAAUAAACUUCACAGCACACGGUAACAUUUUGCUCUGCAAUUUUUUUAGUUCUCUGUGUUUUCAAUACAUUCUCAGAAAUAAGAGAUAAACUUGUUGGGAAAUUUUGAUUGGUCUGAAUUUUACUUCUUUUAGAAGAAAUGAUGAAAAAUCUGAUUUUUGACUUGAAAAAUCCGAUUUUUUACUUGUACACAGGUUUGACGUGUACAUGAGUAAAUAUGAUAAAUGUCUUCCCAAAACAAAAAAAAACUAAUCAUAAUUUUGAACAUUUUCCUGCAGGUGAAAACGGAAUUAGAGCACUUGCUAGUUCAUAAAGACUGGCAGCAUUGUGGACGUUGUUUGAUCACACGGAAUAUUGUUAAACAGCAUGCACGUUUUUGUCGCAGGCCAGGGUGUAGGGUUCCUGACUGUGAAAGCCUGAGGUAAGGUCAACCAGCUUUGAGAAAGAGUUAUGUUGUAUCUUUUUAGAUGUUGGAAGUUGCAUUUGGACAAACAUUAGCCUUAGUGAGAAACCUGAGGUAAAAUGAGACCAAGGAAGCAGAUGCUGUUUAGUCACUCAAAAUUUUACACUGUAACAAUAUCAGUCUAGGGGAAAUUUUCUUAACCUUUUUAACUCCCAUGAUUGAUCAAGACAGAAUUUCUCCUUGCAGUAUCAAUACACUAUGAAGCAGAGAAGUGAUGAGAAUAAAGAACAAUAUUAAUUAGGGAAUUAUUAGUGGAUCCAAUACCAAAUUCUCCAAACUAACAUCACAAGAACUAGCGGAGUAUAGUAAGGAGAGUUACUAAAGAGAUCUUGGAGUUAAAACUCAGAUUUCUGUACCCCUUGACAUCUUGGGCAUUGAUUAACAUUAAGGCUUGGCUGCCCAGAUUAAAAGUUGAAUCUAAAGCACAUUUGUUUAUGAUACUGUCAGCUUGCAGUAAAGGAGGACCUCUAACAAGGAUCUGUAAAUCAUAAGGGUUUUGAGAGGGUGUAAUCUUAUGACUUAAAUUUGUCAUUGCAGGAACAGCUGUAAAGGUAAUGGAGAGCCUGUUCCUGUAAAGCAGAGAAAAAUUUCUCCACCAGUGCAAGUACCAGUGCCAGCCUCACCACUGUAUAACUUGGCACCUCCUGUAUCUUCAGGCUUUGUACUACCAACACCUCAUCGCAUUGAGGGCAAAGUGAUAUUUCGAGUAAUGUUUAAAUUUGUUUGAUUAAUUUAAUGCUAAGGCCAGCACAAAGUCUUUAAUGGAUGUAGUUGUGGUGGAAAAAAAUAGAUAGGCUGUGGUACAUGUCCUAAGUUAGUUGAAAGUAUUCUAUAACAAGGGCAACAAAUAAAUCUUGAAAUUGAAGGACCAACCAAGAUCGUUGUUGUGGCAAUCACUAGGAUUGGGUUAGACACAAACCAGCCACCAUCUGGUUUUAGAAGUACAUUGUAAACAAUGAUACUUUGAGUUUCCAACAUUUUAAUCUAAACUUUACCUCUCAAGCAUGUUGCAUUUCAAAUUGUUCUCUUAAAGGUUUCUGUGCACAAUUUUGUGUCUAAGUUAUCUGGAACAUUUGAAGAAGAAAUAGUUUCAGCUCAGAGGAGGUUUUUUCUUAAAAUAUCAUUUCUGGUGUUUUAAGAAAAUUGUGGGAUGGUAAAUUAUUUCAUUGAGUGCUUGCUUUCCAAUGCCCAACACAUCUGAACAUAGAAUAAGAAAGAUGGUUUUUUUUUUCCCCCACAGAAUUCAACAGAUGUGCCAGAGGAUUUCUUUGUUGAACACAUUGACUACUUUAAGAUGGAAAGAGAAAAGCUUGGAAAGGGAGCUAAUGGAGAAAUUUUUGCCAGUUUUUUGACAAGUGACAGAACUAAAAAGAUGGCUUUGAAGGAGGUAGGACUGUUUUGUGUGAAGUAUUAUUUACUUUUUGCCUACAUCAUCAUUGUGGUGGGUCUUGAUAGUAAUGAAGUGAACAUUAAGUGCUGGUUGUAAAAGUGAUAUUCUAAGAGAGGGUUAACUCUCCCAGACUUCACUGAAAGAGAACAAGUGCCAGUAGGACUUCUGUAACCCCUUGGGUUCUAAUUUUGAGGCCUUCAAAAACAUUUUAUUAAUUUGCUGAUUUGUUUUCUUCUUUGGUUGUCAGACAAGUUACACCAUCAGUAGGGAGGAAGUAGAAGUGUACAAGAUGUUAGGUGAUCAUCCACACAUUGUCCCUCACUAUGCAGGAACAAUAAGAGACAGUCGGGGAUGUGCUAAUAUCUUCAUGGAAAAGUGUGGUAUGUUACCAGAAAGUCCUUCAUAACUUGCAUAUUAGUAUAUUAGUAAGGUUUUACUUUUUUUGAUGUUCAACUUAUUUGGUCCCAAGAUCUCAUCAGUGAUUCUCCUCACUUUUGCCACACAAUUCUUGAUGAUGUUACUUUUGAGAAUUUGUUAUUGGAUCAAAUAAUCAUCCCCUAAUUGACAUUUUCCUUUAUUCUGAUCACUUUUUUGCUUUAUAUUGGAAGGAGAAAUUCUGGAUUGGAGUUUAUAGUUAACACGACUGUUAUUGCCUCUUUCUGCAGAACAAUCUCUUUACGACUACAUGGAGUCAAUAUUGAAGAGACGAUUGACAUGUGAAGAAGCCAUGUAUUACUGGCUUCAGAUCCUUGCUGCAGUUGAUUACUUGCACAACUUGGAAGUUCCAAUAAUUCAUAAAGACAUCAAAGGUAAGAACACUGAGACAACAAUAGAGUAAAACUUCAUUUCUUCAUUUUUUUUCUUUAAGUAAAUUUACAUUACAUGUCAAAGAAAUAACUAGCUUUUUUGACAUUUUGACAUUUUGAUGGAAACAAGACAGGCAUCGGUAAUAGGGCCAGAAAUGUAUCAGCAUGUUAUGAUACUGAAAUAAUAAUGUCAUAUGAAUUGUGAUCUUUCUUUUCAGCCAAAAAUGUAUUGUUGGCUGCAGAAGGUUCGCGGGCCAAACUGGCUGAUUUUGACUCGGCAAGGAGGUUGUAUCAUGAACUCACUGAAGCUGGUCUGAAACCCCUUGGAACAAGGGGCUUUGUUUCUCCUGAGGUGAGAUGUGGUAUUCAAGAUAAUGAUUGAUUAAAAUGAUUUUGUUCAAGAAAAAGUUUGGAAGGUUUUUUUCCUUUCUUUGAUUGAUUAUUUAUUUUUGAGUGAGUAAAGUGAGUCCAUUUUCUUGGCUCUCUCAACUGUUGAUGGGUAAACCAGAACUAGAUUAAGAUCCAAGGUGAUAAAAAUGGACAAGAUCUUUGUUUGCUUCAAAACAUUUGGAUAAUUUUACUUUAUUCAUGAACAAAGUGUGUUUCAAAGGCCCUGUUAAAGCAAAUAAGCCAUUUCACUUUUAAGUUUUUCCAUUUCAUUCAAAAACGGGUUCAGUUUGGAGAAUGUGUGACUGCUCCUUGUAGACAUUGCCCUAGUGUUGGAUUUCAGCAUAAAAAUUUUCAUUUCGUAGUUAUCAAGCACAAAUGAACUGAAAGACCCUGUUGCCAAAUAAAACAAGGGAAAACAAAGAUUAAUGGGGUCCUGUGGUGCCAAUAAUUAUUGACGUUUGUUGUAAUUCUGAAGGUUUUGAGAGAGAAACCUCAUGGCAGGCCAACUGAUAUCUACACUUUGGGAUGUUUUCUAAUUGAACUGAUAGUGGGAGUUCCAUCUAAAGAAUCCUUACAGGAACAGGUAAGCUUUAAUGAUCAGUGAGCUAUAGUAUUUGGGAAAGCUUGGAGAGUUUUUUGUAUAACAGUUUGCUCUGGUCAUCAAGGAGGCUUUCAGCUUUGAUACUGUUAAGGAGAAAGGGACAUUUGGAAUUGUGUUUUUGUUUUGUUUUGUUUUUUUUGUGCUCCUAAAGAGGUAAAAACUAUUUUUUUGAAAGCUCAAGUUUGCCAUUGUAUUCCGUAGAUUACACCUUUGAAUGUAUUUUUCGGAAAUUGUGGACAGUAGGGAGGCACUCAUGUUUAGUUACUGAUUCCUGCAUUAUAUAUGAUGUAGCUCUUAAAGCCUUGUUCAACUUUCACUGUCUCUUACCAAAUAACCUUUCUUUUUUUUUUCUUUGGGGACAGAUCAACAAGCUAAGACAGGUUAAUCAAGAACUUGGACAGUUGGUAUUUGACUGUACAAAGGUAAGUCUGAGAUAACUUACUCUCUAUUCAUAUUUCAAAUAAUUUUGAUUGAUAAUUGCAACAUUUUAGCAUAACUAUAACAGUCUGGAUCUGGGAAUGAGGCUGCGUAAUGAGACAUUAUGAACUUAUCAUUCCUCUCUAUAUAUUAAUGAUUAUGGAGGUGUAAUCAUUCAACCUUCAUGUCUUUCGCAGGCCAGGAAUAUAGUAGUCCAAACAUUGUGAACUUCAAUUCAUUGCUCAACUUGACAAUUACUAGUGAUUUAAGAGUGAAUCAAAUGAUUAACCCUUAAACCCCAAAGAGUGACUAGCAUCUAAUUUCUCCUUACAAUCUCACCCCUGAAUCACACAUCAAGGUCAUGAGAGUAAAGGAAAUGAUCACCAACUGAAAAAAAAGCUGUUGAUUGUUACACAAAUUCUCCUUGUUGGCUCCUCCUUAAGGAAUGUAUGGUCCUCUCUCAGGAUGAAAUUCUUCUUUCUUAUGGAUCUCUUCAUUUUCUUUCACCUCUCUCUACAACAUCUUUUGUUUUUUUCUUACAUGUAGCAGUAAGCUUAUCUGCACUAUUUACACAAAGAAUUGAAAUACAUUUCACCAUCAUUGUCUUUUCAGGAGAACCCAGAAGAGCGGCCAACUGCACGUAGUUUGCUGCAGCGGCCAGUCAUCCAGGAAUUUAUGUCCGGAGUGCCCAUGGAACACUAAGGUAAACUUACUCCUCUAGGCAUCUUUCCUUCUGUUUAUCUCUUUUUAGUCAGAUGAGCCAAAGUUGAUGUAUUUGCAAAUCUGAUUCAGGUAUUUUGUCUAUUUUUGCAGGACAUAUGAGGAAUCAUUUUAAACAAGAACUUUGGCAAUUAGUUGUCUUGAGAAGUUUUUUCAUUUUUGUUUUUGUAAGCUCUCGUUAAAAGAUAGCAGUAAGGUACUAAAGUAAGUAGUUUGUGUAGAAACUUUUUGUUGUGCUGUAUCAGUGGUUAAUGUUCAAGUAGCAGCCUUUUGUUGCAAGGAAGAUCGAUUAGGAUGAUUGUUAAAAAAUUAAAAAUAAAAAAAAAUUAGUGUUAACCCUUGGCCCCUAAGAGUGACUAGCAUCUAAUUUCUCCUCACAAUAACACCCCUGGAUCAAACAUUAAGUUCAUAAGAGUAAAGAUGAUGUAGACUGAAGAAGCUCUUGAUUUUUGAACAAAUUCUCCUUGUCAGCACAAUAAGGAAAUGUGUGGAGUAUGCUAUGGAGAAUAUCCAUACUGAUGUUAGGGUGUUACGGGUUAAUUAUGAAAUAAUGGCACAUGGUAUGAAUCGAUGCAGAUGAUGCCUUAGAAGCUCAUAUUUGUUUAGAAGGAAAUUGCUUUAGUGAAUUUACCCACCAAAUUUUUGGCUUAGAAGGAAAUUGCUUUAGUGUAUUUUUAGAAUUUUUUAGUCUAUAUCUAGUGUAUAUUUAAUUACACCAUUUCUUAGUGUAUAUUUAGAAUUUUUCAAGCACAAUUUUAAAGGAAGGGUUGCAUAGAACAAAGCCUUAAGUGGAAAUGCACUUUGAUCUCUUCAGUAUGUUGGCUCAUCCCAUCUAGCUAAAUAUUAGAGAACAAUUCAAACUCAGGAGAUUCUCAAGGCUGUUAAAACAGUGAUGUCUUGAAAAGAUUCCAACUGUGCCUUAAGAAAAGCCCUCAAAGGGUCUACUCUUUUUUUCCCUCUAGCCUAAGUAUAUAGUUUUGUAGAUAGGUCAAUUUCUAUUUUAACAAUGUGAUAGAAAUAUACCUUUGUAGAAAUGUAAAAAUAAGGAUAUUGCUAAGUAAUAGAGUUGCAAAAUCAGCAACAUAAUUAUCUUAUGGAUUCCAUGUUGUGGUGCAUUUGUUCAACAAUACAUUGUACUUGAUGUCAAAAUGGUGACUAAGCUUAAGAGUGACACAACUGUGUCCCUGAUGUUCUUUCAACACUGUGAGACCUUUUGUGUGCUAGAACUGUACAAAUCCACAGCAACAUGAAGUCUUUUAUGUGUAUAUAUAUAUAUUUCAGCUACAUCAAAAAUAGUUAUUUGCGAGUUAAUAAAAGUGAAGUGCCAUGAAAUGUUGUGAUUGGUGUGAUGUUUAGUACACAUAUUCUGAAACUUUCUACUAUGGUUGUAUGGAGAAUUAUUUAUAAUUUAGCUGUGCAUAGCGAUUGAUCUCUGUUCGUGUUACUUUUCUUUUUGGUAGGG